UCGGAUUUGAAUAAGAAGAUUCAAUUAAAAAAAUUAACGACAGAUAGAUCGAAAAAAAAGAUAGCUAUCUUAACUGAUAAAAAAUGAAUCUGUUCACAGCACCAUCAGUUUCGUUUUUCGUUUUUCUCUUGAAUUAUUUCCUUUUAUGGAAAGUGACUUCGUGUGCGUUUGUGGGUGACGAUCUGAUGCGACAAGUCAUAUCGAAUACUUCUCGGCAUUUGAGACCAGUUCGAGACCACAGUAGGAACACGACAGUGUACUUCCGCCUGAUGCUCUACCAGAUCCUGGGAGCAGACAGUGUCCAGGGCAAGAUCCACCUCCACUUCUGGGCUGAGAUGUUCUGGACCAACGAGUUCGUCAGCUGGAGUCCGGAGCGACAUGGGAACAUAGGACGUAUAGAUCUGCAAGUGCGUGAGAUGUGGAUGCCAGACAUCAUCUUCUUCACCCAGCUGACGGGGGAGCACUUCAACGAGGGGUUCCCCUCCCCUCCCGCUCUCCUCUCCAAUGGGAUCACUAUGGUGCUCAAGCCAUUCAAGGCAGAGUUGGUGUGUGUCAUGGACGCCUGGUACUUCCCUUACGACAGACAGAGCUGUUCGUUCGAAGUGGGCUCGUGGGCGCAUUUCGCCUCCGAGAUAGACAUCCGACCAAAGGAGGAGGGUCCAGCUGACAUGAAGUUCUUCCAACCCAGCUCCGUGUUCGAUGUUGACACAUUCCAGGGACAAUAUGUCACUUAUAAAGAUACCAAUGUUGCGAAAGAUCCGAGCCUGGAGGCGAAUGACACCAUGUUCAGCUGCAUAGUGUUCAGUCUCUCGUUCAAGAGGAAGCCGACCUACUUCAUGCUCAAUGUCAUCCUGCCCUCCAUCCUCAUCAACUUCCUCUGCAUCUUCAACUUCAUCAUCCCCUGCGAGACCGGCGAAAAGGUGGGCUAUGGAAUCACAGUGUUUCUGGCCCAGAGUGUGAACUUGAUGGUGGUGAGUGAGAUGAUGCCCCAGGGGGGAAACAGUGUCCUCGGCUGCUUCCUGGUCGCAUCCAUACUACUCAUCGCCCUGUCGCUGUUCAUGCAGAUAGUAACCAUGAGCAUUUUCUUCGCCAACAGCAAAGCCAGAGCCCCUCCCUCCUUCCGCACAUUCUGCAACUUCAUCCGCAAGUUCGUCGGACCCUUCUACCGACUCGGCCACGAACAGAUCGGCCUUGCCAACCGAAACGUUCAUCUUGCCGACGUCGCCCCUGCCGAAGUUGCAAGGCCUUCCUUAAAUGGAAAUAACAACGCAAUCCCUUUCAGUGUGCUUCCGAAAGUCUCGCCGAAUCUUAAGCAAAACGGCAUAAGCAAUAACAAAAAUCAAGGUCGUUUUGGCGACCGAAUUUUGGAAGACGGAAGCGAGGAUGAGUUUCCUGAAACGAGCUAUAGCAUGAGGGAACUCUCCGAGGUCGGAGGUCGAAACACUUCAGUUGAUUUCAACCUGCCGCCAAGUUACUUCAACUCGCGAAGGGUAAGCGUAGGUGUUCCGAAACAACGACUAAGCCUGUCGGCUCCCUUUCCGACGCCGAACAACCGAAUUUCGAAAUCAGGAAGCCUGCCGCGUAGUUCAAUGGUCUCAGAUCACAACCAUUUCACACUAUUUGAGAACUCUUCACAAGAAUUGUCGGAAAUGGAAAUUAUGGAAGAAUGGAAAGUUUUAGCAAAUGUUUUGAACAGAUUUAACGGCGGCGUGUUUGCAUUUUUACUUUUUGCUGUUUUAUCUGCUUAUGGUUAUUGGCAUGGGCCUUGAUUUUGUCCAAAUAUUUUUCUCUAAACAACUUAAAUACCCACAGGUGACGUGAACUGACGUGCAAUAGUUGAUUUUUUACCAGGAUUUUAUUUUGAUAACUUUUAACAGGGUAGUGAAAAGCUAGUGCAUUGAUCUUAAAAGCAUGCAAUUUGUUUGUAUUAUGAAGCCAGAAUUUUCUUAGUUUUUAAAAUAAAUUUCAU